AAACACAGCACCAUGGGUGCCAGAAGGCCACAAACCGAAGCGGUGCUUUAACCGCUCGUGUCUGCAUCGUAUUCGCGAUCCGUAUAUGCUUCUAGUGUUCGAGGACACAGGUACCAUGCACUGUGUAACUGGCUUCGCCCCGGGUCUCGACUGGAGACCGCUUGACUUCGUGGAACCUCUACCAUCUGACCGAGUGUGCGGACUUUGCGGAGUCCUAGCUCGGAGGGCGACAGCUCUCCCGUGCUCGCAUCUACUCUGCGAGACGUGUUACGAGGGUGUCGUGGCAUGCGGCAGCAGGUGCCCACUAGACGGCGAUACUCAUAACCUAGGCAGCGUGCAGAUGAUUGACUUCCACCCGGGACCUGUUUUCAAGUUAAAGGUGCGAUGCUGGAACUCCGCUCACGGCUGCGACUUCGCUGGACCUGUGUCUGCGCUUCUCGAGCACUUCGAGAACGACUGCAUCCACCAUCGUGCAUCGUGUCCUCGAUGCCACCAGGACGUACCCCGGUUACACCUCGUUCAGCACUGCGCGGACAACUGCAGCCCUGCCAGCGGUGAGCGAGGGGUGGAACCUACACCACCUGUCCUCAGCGAUCUGGAGAGGGCGUGCGCCGAAUUCCGGCAGUCGUUCGCGGAGCUCAGGAACCAGAACUACGAACUCCAGACCAGCCUCAAUUCCGUUGCGCGAGAUCUGAAGCACGGACUACCAUCAGAAACAAUCCAGACACUUCUUUGUGCAAUCUCUGGUAUUUUGCGGGACGACAGGGUAGCACCCAUUGCUGAAAUGACGCUCUCAAGCUGCACUGGAAGCCGUGGCGGAAGUCUGUCAAAGUGCAGUGGGGAGGGUUCACGCGCAGAUAGCCUUGAUGACAUGACAACGUUUUGCGUUGAUGUAUUUACGGGACACCCCGGGUCUAAUCAAAGACUUGUUGAGGUCAGCGCCCUUGGUCGUGCUCAAACUCGCAAGGUACGAUGGUUUGUGCCCGACCUGAAAGAAGUACUUGAGAAGAAAGAACAUAUCUGUAGCGAAGGUUUCUUAAUUGAUGACUACGGGGCGCUCUUUGAGUUAGAUUGGGAGUGGGCUGGUGAUGUAUUUUGCUUGGGUGUUCAACUUUGCGUUAAUAACCGAGAGCACCACCAUGGGGCCAGGUGGCCGUUCAUAAAAACCUUCGGAGUGAAAAUUGUGCAUUCCCAGUUUGAGCACGCGGACAUUCAUCACAAGAUUGAUCCUGAUCGCUGUGUUAAGAGUGGGGUCGAGGGGUUUACCACCAUUCGGUUAUGCUCACUGAUCUCUUUGAUGACAGAAAGCCUUCCAGAUGUUCAUGGGUCUUUGGAAGUUAGCCUCCAGUUCUGAGACUGGCAACAAGCAAGUGUUUUGUGUUCUGACAAUGAUAACCGAUCAGCGCGGCGCGAUGUCUAAGGAUUUGUUUUUUAUGGUGAGUAACAAAAUUGGUGCUGAUAAUUAACAUCGUUUUGUAUGAAUGAAUUGUGAUAGCUUGUUUCUUCUUUGUAAAAGUACGUUGAUUAAAAAUUUAUCAAGAGCAAUAAAAUGAAAACAACUCUCA